AUGGCUGUCGAGCGCAUUGGUUCCAUCAUCAAGCACCUGGCCCCGGGGUCGGCCAUCAAUCAGAUCCAGUCCAAGAAUCCCGAUGAUAUUGUCAUCACCCUCGCGGUUCGAACACCGCUCACCAAGGCACGCAAGGGUGGCUUCAAGGAUACAAGCCUGGAGUACAUGAUAUACGCUCUUCUGAAGCAAGUUCGCGAGCGCAGCAACCUUGACCCUGCUCUCGUUGAAGACAUCUGCUUCGGCAAUGUCUCCGAUGGUAAAGCCGCCUACAAGCUUCGCGCAGCAGCUCUUGCCGCUGGCUUCCCCAAUACCGCCGGCGCCAGCACUGUCAGCCGAUUCUGCUCUUCUGGAUUGAAAUCAAUUGCCGAUAUUGCACACUCCAUCUCGUGCAACUCGAUUGAGAUUGGUAUUGCCGGUGGUGCUGAGCUCAUGUCUGCCCCAGGCGACCGUCUUGAGCAGCCAUUCGACGAGGCCAUUCUCAAGAAAAGCCAGGAUGCAGCCGACUGCAUGCAGCCCAUGGGCUGGACCAGCGAGAAUGUCGGUCGCGACUUCAACAUCUCCAGAGAGGAGCUGGACAAGUACUCCGCCGAGAGUUUCCAGCGAGCCGAGAAGGCCCAGAAGGCUGGCUGGUUCGACGACGAGAUUGUUCCCAUUUCAACCAAGGUCAAAGGUCCCGACGGCGAGGUGAAGGAGGUGACCCUGACCAAGGACGAGGGUAUCCGGCCAGGUACCACCGCAGAAGGCCUCGGAAAGGUUCGAGCUGCUUUCCCUCAGUGGGGACCUCUGACCACCGGUGGCAACGCCAGCCAGGUCACCGACGGGGCUUCUGCCGUGAUCCUGAUGAAGCGAUCAACUGCUGUUAAGCUCGGCCAGCCCAUCCUGGCCAAGUACGUCGGUUCUACCGUUGCCGGUCUUGCGCCGCGCAUCAUGGGAAUCGGACCAAGCAUUGCGAUUCCCAAGCUGCUUGCUAUUCACAACAUUGCUCUCGCCGAUAUUGAUGUAGUCGAGAUUAACGAGGCCUUUGCCACCAUGGCCGUCUACUGCCGUGACAAGCUGUCAGUUGACUGGACAAAGAUGAACCCUCGUGGUGGUGCUAUCGCUCUCGGCCACCCUCUGGGCACGACUGGUGCCAGGCAAGUCGUGACUGGACUGAGUGAAUUGAGACGCCAAAAGAAGAAGAUUCUCCUCACCUCCAUGUGUAUUGGUACCGGUCAGGGCAUGGCUGGUCUGUUUGUUAAUGAGGUCGUAUGA